AUGGCUUCAUCCAGAGAACCACAGCACAAUAAGACGGUCACUGGUAACCCGGCCUUCCCGAACCACAUUGCCACCGGCUACCCAGCUGCUGCCGCUUCCACUACCACCACUAACGAUGCGUACGCCUAUUCAUUCCGCCAGCCACCAACAACAUCCUACGUCUACCGCCCUGUGGGAUCCACCUCCUAUAACUACCCCAUUAGGCCCACCCUUCUCCACCGUGUAUACUUUUCCUCCAUCGUCGCCUUAAAAAUUAUGGCCCUUUCUCUUCUUCACUGCUAUCUCGUCUUCAAACCCCGCCCCCCUGAGUUACGUGUCGACUCGGCCUUCGUUUCUCGGCUUAAUUUAACUCAAUCCGAGUUAACGGCCACUUGGAUUUUCGAUCUCGUCGUAAACAAUCCCAACCACGAGCUCGUUAUCAACUACGACCGCCUCCAGGCCUCGGUUUUAUAUGGUGACGGGUUAGGACUCGCCACGACUCAGUUGCCCCCGUUUUUUCAAGACAGUAACAAUGAGUCGACAAUUAAAUUCCAACUCGCCGGGGUCCUAUUUCUGGAGAAUAAGAGAGCAUAUGUUGCUGGUUGA